GUUAUCUCCUUCCAGAAAAGCAGUAAUGAAAUAGACAAGACAUCCAUAGCUGAAGCACGUAGCUGUACGACUUCCCCUUAGCAAUAGCAUAUCAUUUCCAACCACUUUCAGUUAGCCUGAAGACAAUAAUGUUAACAAAAAUGAAAAAGAUGUUGGAUUGAGAGUAGAGAUAAAGAAGACUUACACAGCAAGUAGAGAAGCAGGGCCUUUGAUAUGCCUUCGACAGCUAUAACUGCAGAAUCUCUGCCUGCGUAUCUCGAUUCAGAGACCAUGGGGUCGUACGCAGCAGAGAUUCGCGAUCCGUUUAUGGAUCAUCGGUUAUACGCCGGAGCUUCUUCCCGUCCGACGAGCAGCAGCAUGAGCAGCACCGUCGAAUCCUCCAGCGGACAGAGAAGCUCCGUCGCGAAACCGAUGUCUACGACGGCGAAGAGGUAUCCUAGAACGCCGCCUGUGGUUCCGGAGGAUUGUCACCGCGAUUGCGGUUCGUCUUCUUCGGUUAUCGAUGACGGAGACGACGACAUCGCGUCGUCUUCGCGCCGUCGGGAUCCUCCGCCGUUUAAAUUCAAUCUUAAUUUCCCACCGUUGGAUGAUAUUGGUUUAAUCAACGGUGUAGAUUAUAUACGCACCGAUCUACGUCUCUAAUCCACAGAUCAGUUAUUAUUGAUUAAUCGAAAACAAAAAUUAAUCUUUUUUUUUUUUAUUAAGUUUCUGUUUCGUUGAUCUCAUAAGCUUGUUAGGUGGUUUCUGUUUCUUGUCUGAUGAUGAUAUUGUAAGAGUAUUGAUAUAUGAUUAUAUAUUAUUACACAUCUUCAAGUCCAAAGUCCAUAAGAUGAAGAAAGAACCAUGAUCUGUGUGUGUUUGUAAGGAAAAACCAGAUCUGUU